AUGGCCCUGCUGGCGUUUAGUCCUCAUGUGCUAAUAGGGGCACUCUUUGUCGGCACGAUCUUGGUACCGGUUAUCAUUUUGGUCAACCUAGCGUGGCGGCUCUGUUCCAAUGCAUCCAUUCCCAAUAAUAUCUCGUGGGUGGGCGUAGGGUCGACCGGUGGCCCGUUAUCCCGCGCCAGGGCGAACCUCGCGAGCGUUUGUGGCUUAAAGGCGCUGAUGGACGAAGGGUACUACAAGUACUCCAAGAGGAACCAGGCCUACGUCCUGCCGCACGUCCUCACGGGGCCCGAGGUGGUGCUCCCGCCGUCGCAGAUGCGCUGGCUGCUCGAGCAGCCGGACUCGGUGCUGAGCCAGACCGAGGUGAACCGGCGCUUCCUCGAGGCCGACCACACGUUCCCGCACCCCAACAUCGUGCGCGAGCCCGUCCACCCGGCCGUCAUCCGCCGCGAGCUGGGCGCCGGCCGCCUGGGCUGCUUCGCGGCGGGGAUCGCCGACGAGCUCGACCGCUGCUUCCGCGAGGGCUGGGGCGUCGACGCGGAGAGGUGGCGCGAGGUCAGGGUCUACGACACCGUGCUCGACGCCAUCUCGCGCCUGUCGGUGCGCGCCCUCGUCGGCGAGGAGCUGUGCCGCAACGAGGAGUUCCUGAGCUGCGCCCGCCGGUUCGACAAGAACGUGGUCGUGUCCGCGGCGGCCCUCAACCUGCUGCCGGGCUUCCUCAAGCCCAUUUUUGCCCCGAUCGUUACGGCCUACGACAAGAUGCUCUAUAGAAGAUUUUCCAAGCACGUCAUGCCGAUAAUACAAGAGCGGCUCAGGGAGUCGGACGACAAGCAGUCUGAUGACAGGCCGACACAAAAGAACGACUACUUCGACUGGGCCAUCUCCCACGCCAAGGCCCACUGGGACCCAACCGAGCUGUCCCCCGACGUCAUGGCCGGCCGGCUCGCGUGCCUCUGCUUCGCCGCGAUCCAGUCGUCCGUCAUCAGUCUGACAAACGCGCUCUUCGACCUCGCCGCGUCGCCCGCGCACAGCGCACAGUGGUUCGACGCCAUGCGCGACGAGGUCCUACUGCAACAGCAGGACGAAACAACAACAAAAGCAACAACAACAACAACAAAGGCCGCGCCGCCGUGGGCAUCCAAGGCCGCCCUGGCCCGCCUCCGCCACGUCGACUCGGCCCUGCGCGAGAGCAUGCGGCUCAGCGGCUUCGUCGCCCGCGGCGUGAUGAAGUCGGUCGUGGCGCCCGGCGGCGUCCGCCUGCCCGACGGCACGCGCCUGCCGCGUGGCGCCACCGUCGGCGUCCAGGCCUACAGCGUACACCGUGACGAGGAUGUGUACGGCGGCGCGGCCGAGUACCGGCCCUUCCGGUUUGUUGAGCCGCCGGGUGGCGAGAGGGAGAAGCAGCAGCCACAGGCGCUGGUGUCCACGUCGCCCACGUUCCUGGCCUUUUCGCACGGCCCUAACGCCUGUCCCGGCCGUUUCUUCGCGGCCAACCAGCUCAAGCUCGCGCUGGCGUACAUUGCGCUGCACUACGAGAUAGAGCCCAUCACGGAGCGUCCGACAAACAAGUGGUUCGUGGGCAGCAUAGCGGCCCCAAUGUGGGAGACCCUCAAGAUCCGGCGGCGGAAAUGUUAG